AGUUUCAGGUUUGAAUUAAUAUAAUUGCAAAAGGGAAUCUUAACUGUAACAACCAUGUCGUCUGGACUUCGAAUUUCUCGUACAGUGUUGCGAAGUUCGUCUCCAGUACUGUCACUUUUAACCACUCAGACUCUGCGUUGUUCAGCAACAGCUGCUGCCCAAACAACCGAACAAAAUCAGCGUUUGAAAACAUUUUCAAUUUACCGAUGGAAUCCUGAAGCAGAGGGUGACAUGAAACUCCCUGUCAUGCACAAGUAUCAAGUGGAUUUAAAUGAUUGUGGUCCAAUGGUUCUUGAUGCUCUGAUCAAAAUAAAGAACGAACAAGAUCCAACUUUGACCUUCCGUAGAUCAUGCAGAGAGGGAAUCUGUGGUUCAUGUGCAAUGAACAUUGGUGGUACUAACACCCUGGCUUGCCUAGCGAGAAUUGAUACCAACUUGUCAAAGAAAACCAAGAUAUAUCCAUUGCCUCAUAUGUAUGUGGUGAAAGACCUUGUACCAGAUAUGAACAACUUCUAUGCACAAUAUCGCUCUAUUGAACCGUUCCUGAAGCAGAAAGAUGCAAGUAAACUUGGAAAAGAAAACUUUCAAUCUGUAGCAGACAGGCAAAAGUUAGAUGGUUUAUACGAAUGCAUCCUCUGUGCUUGUUGUUCCACUUCAUGUCCAAGUUAUUGGUGGAGUUCAGACAAAUACCUUGGCCCUGCAGUUUUAAUGCAAGCAUACAGGUGGAUUAUAGAUAGCAGAGAUGAAUACCAGAAAGAGAGACUGGACAGAAUGAAUGAUCCUUUUUCACUUUACAAAUGCCAUACUAUAAUGAACUGUACGAAAGCAUGUCCAAAGGGUUUAAAUCCUGGUUUGGCAAUUGCUGAAUUAAAGAAGAUGCUUGCAAGCCAUAAUUCAGCAGAGGUGGCCUCACCAAAACCAGCAGCGCAGUGAAUUCAAUCUAGUGUUAUGUUUACCUGGUAGAAAUGUAAUUUAGAUCAUAACAAAGUCACUGGUCACGCAUACAAAAACAAAGUUUCCUUUUGCUAUAAAUGUUCUCCAAAAAUUCUCAACAAAAAUAUAUAGUGAUAUAUAUGUUGUCAUGCUAAACUUAAGAGUUCCUAAAUUAUUUGUACAGCGCUUCAUGUGGACUUCUGCGAGAUAUAUUCUUUGUUUUUUCAAGUGUGAAUACAUAAAUAUUUGAAAGUGGUAAUUUAA